AUGGUGUCUCACUUGAGGACGGACAAGAUUGUGAAGGGUAGCAAAUUCUUUGUGAGAGUCGCUGGAGAAAGGGAAAAUAUGUACUACACUUCAAUAAUGGAAAUUAUUAGAUCUCAAGUCCCUGAUAACAAUGAGUCAAUCAAGAUACAUGUGGUCACCAAAGAAAUGAUAUUUGUCAGUAUGAUGUUAUUGAAAUACCUUCCACUUUCGGUAGUGGAUACUCUGAUGGCUUUGCUCACAACGCUGAGAUUUGGCAACUUAUCAAAGUUUGGAAUAAAUAAGCCUCUGAUAGGCCCAUUCACUACUAAAGUCAUUAGUGGAAGAAGUCCUGUUAUUGAUGUCGGAACUAUUAAGAAAAUCCAGGCGGGAGAAAUAAAGGUUUAUCCAGCCAUACGUGGCAUUAACAAAAAUAGUGUACUCUUUGACAAUGGGGAUUCACGAAGUUUCGACGUAAUAGUGUUAGCAACCGGCUACAAAAGCUUAGCUAAUAAGUGGUUGAAGGACUACAAAUAUGUUCUUAAUGGAGAAGGAAUGCCAAAAAAUAGGUUUCCAACUCACUGGAAAGGUGAGAAUGGGGUAUACUGUGCUGGCUUGUCGAAAAUGGGGCUGCCUGGUGUGUCGAUGGAUGCUAAGGCCAUCGCGAAUGACAUUAAUAUCGUCGUAGGGGAAGUAAAGAGGAGAUCGAAUAAUGGUUCCUAUUUUGAUAAACUUGAUAUAUUUGUAAUUAUGAAUAUGGUCCUACAAUUUUCCUAUGUAAGAGUGUUUGCAUCGUCUUGA